AUGUCUGAAAUUUCCAACGGUCAACAACAUGAUAGGAGUGCCCUCAUACUGUAUGGAAGUGAAACUGGAAAUUCUCAAGAUGUGGCCGAAGAGUUGGGUCGCAUUGCAGAAAGACUUCAUUUCAUGACCAGGGUGAGCGAAUUGGAUCUCAUUGAUAUUAGAGAAUUAUCAAAAUAUGAUUUUGUUAUAUUUACCAUAUCCACCACGGGACAAGGGGAAUUUCCAAAGAAUUCAAGGAAGUUUUGGAACAAUCUCUUGAAGAAGCGUUUGCCUCCCAAUUAUUUGAGUCACGUGAAUUUCACCACUUUUGGUCUUGGUGAUAGUUCAUAUGCAAAGUUUAACUUUGCAGCUCGUAAAUUGCAUAAAAGGUUAGAACAGUUAGGUGGGAAUGAAAUAUAUCCUCGAGGUGAGGGCGAUGAACAACAUGAAGAAGGCGUUGAUGGAACUUUCCUAUCUUGGUACAUUGACCUUAGAAAGAAACUUCUCGAAUUAUAUCCAUUACCAGAUGACGUAGAACAAAUUCCCGAUGGUGUUCUUCUGCCUCCGAAAUACUGGCUCGAGUUAAAAGAUGAAUCUUCUACGGUUGCUGAGAAGUUUAAUUCACCAUUAGAAAACAACGGCGAAAUUGAUCAAACAAAUUUUGAUUCAUUGAAAAGCAAGCUUACUUCUUCUGUCGAUGGUUCAAACCCUCUUAAUUUAUCUACAACUCAUUUUACUGAUCAAGGCACUCUCAAUCAAAUGAAUGAUCAAUCUCAGCAAGCCUCAACCUCAGACAAAACAACAAUGGCAGAUAUAUCUGGCCUCGGAUAUGAAGGACCACCACAUCGAUUGACCGAUUCCUGUAAAGAUGAACCAGAAAGUGUUGAUAAGGUAUUGCCCAAGACUGCAGCUUUACCAGAUGUUCCUCUUGCAAUUGUUGCGGUGGUUUGCAACAAUAAGCGUGUCACUCCCCUCGAACACUGGCAGGACGUUCGCGAACUGACCAUCAAGAUACCAAGAAGCGACACAUGUUUUACUCCUGGAGAUACUAUAUCGAUAUAUCCCAAGAACUUUCCUCAAGAUGUCCAGACCUUAAUUGAUCUGAUGGGAUGGAAUGAUGUUGCGGAUUUGAAGAUACACUUAAAAGCAAGAUCACCAGAUUGGUUUGGGGCCAAGAAUCUGGUAUCAACACAAAUGGGUCUCUAUCCAAUCGACGACGAUACAACACUUCGAGAGUUAUUGACCCAUAAUCUCGACUUUCAAGCCAUUCCCAAGCGCUACUUUUUCGAAAUAAUGGCAAAUUAUACAGAUGAUCCAAUGCACAAGGAACGCCUCCUCGAGUUUCGAGACCCUCUCUUUACUGAUGAGUUCUACGAUUACACUACUCGCCCACGCCGUAGCAUUCUUGAAGCUCUUCAAGACUUCCCUAGCGUCAAGCUUCCAUGGAGAUAUGCCACCACCAUUUUUCCUGUGAUCCGAGGUCGCGAAUUCAGCAUCUGCUCAGGCGGCCACAUGCACAAUCCCAUAGAGAAAAGUCUCAAAUAUCACUACAUUCAAAUCCUGGUCGCCAUUGUCAAAUACCGCACCGUUCUCCACAAGGUUCGCAACGGUCUCUGUUCCCGCUAUCUAGCCUCCAUUGCCAAAGGUUCCAAAAUCACCAUCAAACAUAAUUUGAAUAAUUCUUUCUACGAAAGACCUAGGAUACUACCACAAUUCCCUCUUAUUUUGAUCGGUGCGGGCACGGGAAUUGCACCUCUCCGAUCGUUACUCUGGGAGCGCGCCAAGCAAAGAGUGCAAAGCCAAAAAGAAGAAAAAUCAAGAUUUGCCCCGGCUCACCUUAUAUACGGUGGUCGUAAUCGCAGAGCGGAUUUCUUCUAUGGUAAUGAAUGGGAGGAACCCGUUCUGAGAGUUACCGCAACUCCGGUCUUCUCGAGGGAUGACCCCCAAAAAGUGUAUGUGCAGGAUGAGAUUAAGAAACAAGGACAGGAGAUUUAUGAAUUGUUGAAGAAUAAUGCCUUGGUUUACGUGUGUGGUAGCUCGGGGGGGAUGCCAAAGGGGGUGAGAGCGGCUUUUGUGACAGUGUUGCAGGUUCAUGGGGAGAUGAGUGAGAGAGAGGCGGAGGCUUUUGUGGUGAAUAUGGAGAGAUUGAAGAGAUAUAUACAGGAGACGUGGUAG